CUAACCCUACACUCUUUUUCUGCGAGCAUUCAAAUUCAUUAAAAAAAAAUCAUUUCUUUUUGUUUUGUGGGUGGUUCUUCUUUGAUUUUUGGUAGAACCCAGUUUCUGGUUUUCUGAUUUCGAGGAUAAAAUGACAGAUUAUGUGGUGAAAGUUGAAGAUGCCAGGCCUGCUGCUGAUGGAAAGCCCUCUGCAGGACCUGUGUAUAGAUGCAUUUAUGCUAAAGAUGCUCUCAUGGACUUGCCUGCUAGGCUGGAGUCUCCAUGGGACUUCUUCAGCGACUCUGUCAAGAAAAACCCAAAAAACAACAUGCUUGGUCGCCGCCAGAUCAUUGAUAAGAAGGCAGGUUCCUAUGUGUGGAUGACAUAUGAAGAAUCCUACAAUGCCACCAAAAGAAUCGGAUCUGCUAUUCAAAAGUGCGGUGUCAAUCCUGGUGAUAAGUGUGGCAUUUAUGGCUCUAAUUCUCCAGAAUGGAUCAUGGCAAUGGAGGCUUGCAAUAGCCAAGCAAUCACUUACGUACCUCUUUAUGAUACUCUUGGUGCAAAUGCAGUGGAGUUCAUCAUUAACCAUGCUGAAUUGUCAAUAGCUUUCAUCCAAGAGAGCAAGAUAUCAGCUAUACUAACUUGCUUGCCAAGAUGUACCUCACAUUUGAAAACCAUUGUCAGCUUUGGAAAUAUUUCCAGUGAGAUGAAAAAGGAAGUUGAGCAACUCGGUGUAUCUUGCUUUUCCUGGGAGGAAUUCAGUCAAACGGGAAAUUUGGACGACGAACUACCACAAAAAAAGAAGACAGAUGUGUGCACCAUAAUGUAUACCAGUGGGACAACAGGAGAACCAAAAGGUGUCAUUCUAAGUAACGAGGCGUUCAUGUCUGAAGUUUUAUCUGUGGAUCAACUGCUUUUAUUAACAGACAAAGCGGGUUCGCCAGAAGAUGUUUACUUUUCGUUCCUUCCGUUGGCUCAUAUAUUUGAUCAGGUCAUUGAGACAUAUUGCAUACUCAGUGGUGCUUCAAUAGGAUUCUGGCAAGGCGAUAUAAGGUUCUUAAUUGAGGAUCUUAUUGUAUUAAAACCAACUAUUUUUUGUGGGGUUCCAAGAGUUUAUGACAGGAUAUACACAGCCACAAUGGAUAAAAUAUUGGCUGGUGGAAUGAUGAAGAACCUUCUCUUUCAUUAUGCGUAUAACUACAAGUUGAAGAAUCUGGAAAAAGGGCUAAGGCAAGAAGAAGCAGCUCCUUUCUUUGACAAGCUAGUGUUUGACAAGAUCAAACAAGCUUUUGGUGGGCGGGUACGGCUUAUGCUAUCUGGAGCCGCCCCGUUGCCCAAACACGUGGAAGAGUUCUUGAGGGUGACAUGUUGCUGUGUCUUGUCUCAAGGAUAUGGGCUCACAGAGAGCUGUGGAGGAUGUUUGACAUCCAUAGCCAAUCUGUACCCUAUGACAGGGACAGUGGGUGUCCCAAUGACCACAAUUGAGGCAAGACUUGAAUCAGUGCCUGAGAUGGGAUACGAUGCGCUAGCCAACAUACCCCGUGGAGAAAUAUGUCUCCGCGGAAAGACAUUGUUCUCAGGAUACCAUAAGCGCGAAGAUCUCACAAAAGAUGUUCUUGUUGAUGGAUGGUUCCAUACAGGUGAUAUCGGGGAAUGGCAGCCGAGUGGAGCAAUGAAAAUCAUUGACAGGAAAAAGAACAUAUUCAAGCUGUCUCAAGGGGAAUAUGUUGCCGUGGAGAGCCUGGAAAGCACUUAUUCAAGAUGCCCUCUUGUGGCUGCAAUUUGGGUGUACGGCAACAGUUUUGAGUCUUUCUUGGUGGCAGUCGCGAUUCCAGAGAGAAAGGCACUUGAAGAAUGGGCUGUGAGUAACCAAGAAACUGGAGACUUCGUAGAACUGUGUCAGAAUCACAAGGCACGAAAGCUCGUCUUGGACGAGCUGAACAAAACUGCUAAACAACACCAACUACGCGGCUUUGAAAUGUUAAGGGCGGUUCACUUGGAGGCGAUCCCAUUUGACAUUGAGAGGGAUCUUGUCACCCCCACCUUCAAGCUUAAAAGGCCACAACUACUUAACUAUUACAAGGAUUGUAUUGAUAAACUCUAUAAAGAAGCAAAGGCAAUGGCAUGAUAGAAACUGUGAAGUUACAAGACUGCCCUUCAUAUGUCUCUAUGAGAACUUCUGUGCUGUUAUUAAUUGCGGAGAUAAUUAAUUGCUCCUGAGACCUUUAAUUUGGUGGCAAAAGAAUGAUUAAUAGUAUAAAAUUUGCGACGUUUAUUAUAAAAUUUUGCAGGUUUC